CGGUCCUACUCUAAAAUAGAAUGAAACAAAUCGAAACCAUUUAUUUCAUAUGAUAUACUUAUUGUCUAUUUGCGAUUUAAGUCAAUAAAAUAUAAAGUGUAAAACAAUUUUCAAUUUGUUACGCGACUUGCAAGUGCAGUGUUAACGAAUUUUCUCUUUGACUACACAAAUAUUAAUGGUUGAAAUGAACUGUAUCGGUGUUUAAUAUAAAUAUUAAAAUAGCGUGUUGAUUAUGGCUGCGCAUCACUAUACCGUCGAGGUUGGCGAUACUAAUUUCACAAUUUUGAGUCGGUACAUUAAAUUAAGGCCUAUAGGAUCUGGUGCUCAAGGCAUUGUUUGUGCUGCAUAUGACACGAUUACCGAGCAAAACGUCGCUAUAAAAAAGCUAUCUCGUCCAUUCCAAAAUGUGACGCAUGCCAAGAGAGCUUAUAGAGAAUUUAAACUAAUGAAACUGGUGAACCAUAAGAAUAUUAUCGGUUUGCUUAAUGCCUUCACUCCCCAACACAAUUUGGAAGAAUUUCAGGAUGUUUACCUUGUGAUGGAGCUAAUGGAUGCUAAUUUAUGUCAAGUUAUUCAAAUGGAUUUAGAUCAUGAUCGAAUGUCUUACUUGCUUUACCAAAUGCUAUGUGGAAUAAAGCAUUUACAUUCCGCUGGAAUAAUACAUAGAGAUUUAAAACCUUCCAAUAUAGUUGUUAAGGCCGACUGCACUCUAAAAAUUUUGGACUUUGGACUUGCGCGUACAGCUGGAACUACAUUUAUGAUGACACCUUAUGUCGUAACUAGAUACUAUAGAGCUCCGGAAGUCAUUUUGGGUAUGGGAUAUACCGAAAACGUUGACAUUUGGUCAGUGGGCUGUAUCAUGGGUGAGAUGAUAAGGGGUGGAGUUCUAUUUCCUGGAACUGAUCAUAUUGAUCAGUGGAACAAAAUAAUUGAGCAAUUGGGUACACCGUCCCCAUCAUUUAUGCAGCGUCUGCAACCAACUGUUCGUAAUUACGUGGAGAAUCGUCCAAGAUAUACAGGAUAUUCGUUUGAUAGGCUUUUUCCUGAUGGUCUGUUUCCUAAUGACAGUAGUCAAAAUAGUCGAAGGAAGGCUUCUGAGGCAAGGGACCUUCUCAGUAAGAUGCUGGUAAUUGACCCUGAGCAGAGAAUAUCAGUAGACAGAGCUUUACAGCAUGAAUACAUUAAUGUAUGGUACGACGCUGAAGAAGUUGACGCUCCUGCUCCAGAGCCAUAUGACCAUAGCGUCGAUGAGAGGGAGCAUACUGUUGAACAGUGGAAGGAGCUUAUUUAUGAAGAAGUAAUGGACUACGAGGCGCACAAUACAAGUAAUAUUAACCGAUAGAGCAAAAUUAAUUUGUU